AUGCAAUCCAAUUUCCCGGUGCCCAGGCAUCUGAGAAAUCCUGGAGAGGAGGGAUAUAGAACCCCUACUAUCGAGGAUGCAGAGCGUACGCUUUCGAUGUUUGGUGCUGGGGAAAGUCCAAGCAGCGUCGCGCGCGACUUUCAUACAACCGCGCUGGAAGCUGCUGUUCAAAGAGGCUCGUCCCGGGCAACAAGCCAUGAAGAACGCAAAGAGCACCGCAGUGAUGCGGACCGAAAUGGUACAGGAGUUCAUCGCACCGUCACUGAAUCGUCUGCCCCUACUCUUGGGUGGAAAAAGCGAAUACGCCACGUUACCUGGGCAUACUUCACACUAACCAUGGCCACGGGUGGUCUUGCCAAUGUUCUAUAUGAAGUUCCAUUCCGCUUCCACGGCUUGGAGACCAUUGGCGUAGUCGCCUUCUUGCUCAAUAUUGUUCUUUAUCUAUGCAUUUGGGCUCUACUACUGGCUAGGUUUUACUAUUACCCCUAUACUUUCAAAGCGUCUUUUCUGCAUCCGACGGAAUCCCUGUUCAUCCCAUCAUCGGUGGUUUCUUUUGGGACAAUCUUGAUCAACAUAUCUCAGUACGGCCCUGGAAAAGCAGGCCCUUGGCUGGUCGAAGCUGUUGGCAUCAUGUUCUGGAUCGAUUGCGUACUGGCCAUUCUGUUCUCCGCAGGAAUCUAUCUUAUACUGUGGUCCACACAGACUUUCACCAUAGCACAAAUGACCCCAAUAUGGAUCUUUCCAGCCUACCCGAUGCUCAUCAUCGGCCCACAUGCUGGCAUUUUGGUGGCCAAGCUCGAGCCCUCACGCUCCCUUCGCAUCCUCGUCGGAGGGACGACGAUCCAAGGAGUUGGGUUUUUGGUCUCUUUGAUGGUAUACUCUGCUUUCAUCUACCGACUCAUGACCCAAAAGCUCCCUAAGGAGAACAUGCGACCAGGCAUGUUCGUUUCUGUAGGACCGAGCGGCUUUACCGUUGCCGGCCUAGUCAAUAUGGCCGCACAGGCGCAUCGGUGCUUUCCUGCUGACUUCAUGGGUAAUGGGCCGCUGGCAGCAGAGGUGUUGAAGGUGACGCAAUAUUCUUCUUCAUCAUUGCCACGGCUGCGCAUUGGUCAGCCGUCGCUGGCCCUAAAUCGACUAGUAUUUUCCAUGACGUGGUUUUCUUUCGUGUUUCCUAAUACUGCGCUGAUCACGGCGACAUUCGCGAUCGGGAAAGCAUUUUCUUGCAAGCCCAUCAACAUUGUUGGAUGCGUCGCGGUCUUCCCUUUGUUUAUAAUGUAUUUCUUUGUGUGCUAUCGAAUGAUCCGUGCCGUCGUGAAACACCAAAUCCUCUGGCCUCAGAAGGGAGAAGACCGAAAUGAGGGUGGGUUUGAGGUUCAGGAAUUGAAUCCUGAUCCACAGACCUCGGAGGAAAGCACAAUCGUCUGA